AUGAUCGUACGUAACGCACAUCAAGUACUUACCGCAGCAACUACGUCGUUUAAUUUUGCGAAGCAGGAAGAGGAUGUGAUGGCCUACUGGAAGGCCAUUGACGCAUUCCAAACGCAGCUGGCCAACAGCAAAGGCCAAAAGCCAUUCUCUUUUUACGAUGGACCACCUUUUGCUACGGGCCUGCCGCACUACGGUCACUUGCUUGCCGGCACUGUUAAAGACAUUGUGACUCGUUUCGCGACUACUACUGGCCACUAUGUCGACCGCCGCUUUGGGUGGGAUUGCCACGGCCUGCCCGUCGAGUACGAGAUCGACAAAAAGCUUGGCGUAUCUGGCAAGCAGGACAUUCUCGACAUGGGUAUUGCCAAAUACAAUGCAGAAUGUCGCGCAAUUGUCAUGCGCUACCAAGCAGAGUGGCGCGCCACGGUCGAGCGAGUGGGUCGCUGGAUCGACUUUGACAAUGGGUACAAGACCAUGGACAGCAACUUUAUGGAGUCUGUAUGGAGCGUCUUUAAGACCUUGUACGAUAAAGGCCAAGUGUACCGUGGCCUGCGUGUGAUGCCAUACUCCAACGCACUGACCACGCCGCUGUCCAACUUUGAGGCCGGCAGUAAUUACAAGGAGGUACAGGACCCCGCCGUGACCAUCGCAUUUACGCUUGUAGAUGAGCCCGACACGUCCUUCCUUGCGUGGACGACGACACCGUGGACGUUGCCCUCGAAUUUGGCUAUCUGUGUACACCCUGACCUCGACUAUGUCAAGAUAUGGGACGAGGAGCGUGCUCGGCACUUUAUUCUCUGUGAAAAGCUGCUUGGCACUGUGUACAAAGAUCCAAAGAAAGCCAAGAUUAAAAAGGUUGCGAGUUACAAAGGCAAGGAGCUCGGCAACAUCAAGUACCAGCCCUUGUUCCCCUACUAUUACGAGCAGUACAAAGACACGGCGUUUCGAGCGCUUGUUAACGUGUACGUAACUUCGGACACGGGUACAGGUAUUGUGCACCAAGCGCCUGCCUUUGGUGACGAUGAUUACCGUAUUGCGCUCGAGAACGGCGUCAUUAGCAAGGAAGGUGUGCCGCCCAACCCACUGGACGAGUCUGGCCGCUUCCUCGAGCCUGUGCAUGAGUACGUGGGGAUGUAUGUAAAGGAUGCAGACAAGGCCAUCAUCAAGGACCUCAAGCAGCGCGACCGCUUGAUUGUGCAGACCACCGUGCGCCAUCAGUACCCAUUUUGCUGGCGGUCUGGAACGCCAUUGAUUUACCGUACAAUCCCUGCAUGGUUCGUCCGCGUGGAACCGAUUGUCGAUCAGCUGAUCGAGGCGAAUAACAAUACCCGCUGGGUGCCGCAGUCGAUCGGCGACAACCGCUUUGGCAACUGGAUCGCGAAUGCGCGCGAUUGGAACGUGAGCCGCAACCGCUAUUGGGGCACGCCGCUGCCUUUGUGGGUGAGUGAGGACUUGGAGGAGAUUGUGUGCAUUGGGUCUAUUGCCGAGCUCGAGCAGCGGUCCGGCGUGCAAAACAUUGAUGACUUGCACCGCGACCACGUAGACCAAAUCACAAUUCCCUCGUCGCAAGGCAAGGGCGACUUGCGCCGUGUUGAAGAGGUGUUCGACUGUUGGUUCGAGUCUGGCAGUAUGCCGUAUGCACAGGCGCACUAUCCUUUUGAGAACGUGGAGCAGUUCAAGGCGAGCUUCCCCGCCGACUUUAUCUCGGAGGGUGUUGACCAAACGCGCGGCUGGUUUUACACGCUCCUGAUUCUUGGCGUCCACCUGCACGGAACUGCACCCUGGAAAAACUUGAUUGCCUCUGGGCUGGUGCUUGCUGCGGAUGGCAAGAAGAUGAGCAAGUCUUUGCGCAACUUUCCCGACCCUAACCUGGUCAUUGACCGCUACGGUGCCGACGCCGUGCGUCUCUACAUGAUCAACUCGCCAAUUGUGCGCGCUGAAAACUUGCGCUUCCGCGAGGAAGGUGUCAAGGACGUCAUUGCAUCCGUCUUUUUGCCCUGGCUCAAUAGUUUCCGCUUUUUCCUUGCCCAAGUCGCACUCCUCAAGAAAGAUACGGGCUUCGAUUUCCAGUACAAUCCCGACGCAGCACUGUCUGCGAACGUAAUGGACCGCUGGAUCCUUGCGCGGUGCCAGAGUUUGCUCGAGUUUGUGCGCACGGAAAUGACCAACUACCGCCUCUACACCGUUGUUCCCCGUCUCCUGACCAUGAUCAACGAGCUGACCAACUGGUACAUCCGCUUCAAUCGCCGACGCCUCAAGGGCGAGAGCGGCCAGAAGGAUACCGUUGCAGCGCUCAACUCGCUCUUUGAAACGCUCAUGACUGUGUGCAUUACCAUGUCAUCUUUCACGCCGUUCAUCACCGAGAACUUGUACCAGGGCCUGCGCAAGUUUAAGCCGGCUUCGAUGGAUGAGGGCAUCGACGCUCGCUCCGUCCACUUUUUGCCGUACCCUGAGGCGCGCCAAGUAUACAUGGACCCUAUCAUUCAGCGCCGCUUUAGCGCUCUGCAGAGUGUGAUUGAGUUGGGCCGUGCGAUGCGCGAGAAAAAGAAUCUCCCGCUGCGUGUCCCCCUCAAGGAGCUCAUUGUUUUUCACAGUGACCAGCAGUACCUCGACGAUGUGCAGUCGCUUGCGGCAUAUGUUCAGGAAGAGCUCAAUGUCCGCGAUCUUGUGCUCACGAGCGACGAAGACAAGUGUGCGGUGAACUUCAAACUGCUUGCAGACUGGCCUACGCUUGGAAAGAAGCUGCGCAAGGAUAUGGGCAAGGUCAAGAAAGGGCUCGACAAUGCUUCCUCGGCGGACGCCAAGUCUUACAUGCAACACGGCUCGCUUCUCAUCGAAGGAAUCACGCUCGGUAAGGGCGAUUUGCGGACACAGCGCUACGUCAAUGCCGAGCAGCUUUCGGGCAACAUGACGAGCGAUACGGAUGGAUCGGUUGUUGUUUUGCUCGAUACCCAGAUCUACCCCGAACUCGAGGCCGAGGGCGCCGCGCGCGAUGUCAUCAACCGUAUCCAGCGGCUGCGUAAAAAGGCUGGGCUGCAAGCAACCGACGAGAUUGAUGCAUUCUAUCGCUUCACCUCUGGCAUGAGCGAUGCUCUUGACGAGGUGAUGCAGUCGCAGACAGAUGUUUUUACGCGCAAUAUCCGCCGUGCGCCAAAAAGAGCAGCCACGAUGCCACAAGGAGCUGAGAUUGUCUUUGAGGAGGAGCAGGAAGUGAACGACACCAAAUUUAUGCUCACGCUUGUGCGUGCCUAG